AUGGACAUGUCUCAUGCCGAGAAGGCGCAGGACGUCAUUGAAACGCAUGAUGCACCUGCGAAUCAAGAUAUUGGCCAUGGAAGUCUGUCUGACAAGUACGACGUCGAUACCGUCCACAAUGACGAGGCUAUGAAGGUGCUGGCCACUUACCACGGAAAUCACACUUGGGAUGAGCAGGAAGAGAAGAAAGUUAGGAACAAAAUUGAUAGGCGCCUGAUGCCAAUUCUCGCCAUAACCUAUGGUCUGCAGUACUAUGACAAGACAAUGAUUUCUCAAGCCGCAAUCUUCGGACUCCGCACAGACCUUGAGCUGACGGGCAAUCGAUACUCCAUGGCUUCUGGUAUCUUCUAUUUGGGCUUCAUCGGCGGAGCAUAUCCGGCUUCUCAAUUGGCUCAGCGAUUUCCGAUCGAGAGAGUCGCUGGCGGCCUGGUCUUGCUCUGGGGCAUCUGCUUCACCUUGACUGCUGCCUGUUUUACCUGGCAGACUCUCUACGUCCAGCGAUUCUUCCUAGGCUUUCUCGAAGCCGGAGUGAGCCCUAUCUUUAUGCUUAUGGUUGGCCAGUUCUACAAAAAGGAUGAACAAUCAUUCAUGAUGGGUAUUUGGUACGCCGCAUCUGGGCUUAUAACACUCGUGUCUCCUCUUAUCAACUAUGGUCUUGGUCAUAUUCGAGGCUCCCUAUCUCCCUGGAGAUAUAUGUAUAUUGUCGGCGGCCUUAUUACAGUCCUUUGGUCCGCUGUCAUUUAUCUUUUUAUGCCCCCUGAUCCGAUACGUGCGAAAGGCUUCAACGAGCGAGAGAGAUAUAUUGCCGUUGCUCGCCUUCGAAUCAACAACAGCGGAGUGCGAAAUAUACAUUUCAAAAUGCAACAUGCCCUGGAACUAUGCCGCGACGAGAAAUUUUGGCUCAUCUUUGCUCAAGCAUACUUGAGCACGAUUGCUGGAGGACCGGUCAAUACGUUCAUGCCCAUCAUCAUUGCAUCUCUUGGCUUCAAUACUCUCAACAGCCUCCUUCUAUCCAUCCCCGCUGGAGCCAUUGGUGCAACACUUAUCCUUGGAACAACGUACAUAUGCUACAAAUUCCGCAACAUGAGGACGUAUGCAAUCCUCUUUUGCGAAAUCCUCGUCAUCAUAGCAUCCGUGCUCCUGUGGAAGCUUCCCCGCGAUGCGACAGGAGGCCUCCUGGUCGGAGUGUAUCUGUUCACAGGUUACAGUGGCGGCUGGGGUAUCCUUAUGGGACUGUCCAUUGCCAACUCCGCUGGCUAUACGAAGCGAGUCGUAAGCUCAUCUACUAUCUAUGUUGGAUAUUGCCUUGCUCUGACUCGCUUUGCUCCAGGCCAGUUUACUGCACCCCUUUUGUUCAAAACCAAAGAUGCGCCAGACUACACUCCCGGAUUCGUUGCAGUUCUUGUGACUGCGGUGGCGUCGGCGGGUCUCAAUAUCCUCUACCGUUUCAUCUGUAUCUGGCAGAACAAACGUCGAGAUCAGUCUGGCGUACUGGAGGGCUAUGACCACGCAUAUGAAGAUGACGUGACUGAUAAGCAGAUAUGUCUACUAGCGUUGGUCGACAUGAAAGCUGAACUGCCGGGUAUGGAGAACAAAAUGCUGACGCUUGGGUCGUCGAGACAUUCCACUGAUGUGUAG